GCCAGCAGAGCCGCACAUGCGCAGGUCUUGUCGCUAUUGUUCCAACCCAGCAACAAGCAGCGAGUCAGACAGAAGCAGCGGAUCUGUGAGAUCGGGGAUCGGAGCGGCAGGGACCCCCAGGCCUCAGACAGUGGGGAACUCGGCGAUGGACACCCCAGGUCUGGACAGGUCUGAUGGGCCCGUCACCCCGGAGACCUGAGUGAGAGAGCCGGCUCCUCACAGACAGCGCCCCCCGGAGGCCUCCAGUGCUCCCUGUCGUGCCCGGGACACAUGUGAGCUCAGGCCGUGCUCCUCUACCUGUCUCCCGCUCCUGUCCGUGCCCGCUGAGCCCUCAGCCGCCGCCUCAUGGGGGGGAAGCAGAGCUCGGCCUCCCGCUCCCGGGCGCCUUUCCCCGGGGUGUCGUCUGAUGACAGCGCCGUGCCCCCGACCUCACACUUCGGACAUUACCGGCCAGGUGGGGCUAUGGGGCUGAGGAGCCGCUCGGUCAGCUCGGUGUCCGGACUAGAGCCACCUGCAGCCGGACUCCCAUUCGGCCUGUACCGGGCCGGGCCCGAACCCGACAGAGGAGGCAGCUCCGGGGCUGAAGAGAGCCGAGGAGGCCUGUACCUGGGACCCCGGGCCUCCCUCACAGACACCCUACAGCUCACCCCCAGGUGGAUCGGAGCACAGAGCGGUUUCCGCUGCCCCAUAUGCUCCAAGUCUGUAGCUUCUGAUGAAAUGGAAAUGCAUUUUAUAAUGUGUCUGAGCAAACCUCGACUGUCCUAUAAUGCUGUAUAGAUUCCUGGUUUGAGGUGAACAGGUGUUGUCCAGAACACCCUUCUGAUUGACCUGCGGCCAUUCUGGCUGACUUUCUCUUAAGAGCACUGGGUUUUACCCUCUUUAGGAUCACAGAGACUGGAAUCUGCGUCCUUCCAGGGUUGUCUGAACUGCUUUCCACACACAUCCCCUCCUUCAUGUGCACCUUCAGUUAUCCAAGACUGAAGAUCCAAGGAAUAACAAAAGCCAAACUGAAGACUACUCUUCCCAUCAUCAUCUUUACAUGCUCGUGGGGAGAAGGCAUCAGGAAGGGGAGAAGGCAGAAGGGUCAUGUCUUUACGCAGACCCCUCCUACCAGGUCGGCAAUUGAGAGGUCCUAAGUCAACGCCACUUGUGCCCUUUAUAGGUAGAGUUCACAGACUGGGGGAGGGGAAAAGAGCAAAGAAAGGUCAUUGGAAGAAAAAAAAUAAACCCCCUCUUAAACCUUGGAGAACCUGCCGGGGGAUACAUUGUAACCUUUGAUGCCAUGAGAUGAACAUUUAUACUUUUUUAAUUUCUGGCACUUUGCACUGAAUGUUUGAAGAGUAUAGAAAGGGCAGAACCAUCCUGCGCAAUGCCAGAAAUGGAGAAGGGGAGAGGUGCUGUAGUGCAUUUGGGUGGCUUUUCUGGCAUCUUAUCUGAACGAGGGUUGUGUUUCAUUUUGUUUCUAUUUUUUCCCAGUGCUUCCCAGACAAAAGCUUUGUAGAUGGCGAGCACUGAUGGACUAGACUGGACUGCCUUGCUGUAACGUCGUCUCCAGUGGAGUUAAGGAUUUUGCACACAAUAAAGGACAAUAUAGGGUCCAUGUGACUAUGCCAAAAGGAAGAGGGUUUAGGAAUUACAGGGUGGUGUAUUGUUUACCCCCCACAAGUUGUUUUUUUUUUUUUUUUCUCCAACAUCCCAUCUUCUCCUGUAAUAAUAUUGUUAUUAUAGAUAGUAUAAAUUAAUUUAUGCUGGAAUAGGUCAAGAGUGGCAUUUCGAGGGUUGUCUGCAUUUGUUGGAGUCUCUCCCACCGAACCCUCUUAAUUUUAACCUCUGGAUGGCCAGUCCUUUUAUUCACUUUCUGUAUAUGUUUUGGCAAAAUAGCCUGUUCACACUGUAGUUGCUGGAUUAUAGAGAUUGGUUUUCAUGAGAAAAUGUUAUUCCCCUUAAGCACGUAAAGAGUCCUGUGCUGAUCACCAUUUUCUCGUAGGGCUAACAAGUGUACAUGUGACAUCAUUAUUUUCAGCUGCCAUUCUUUGCUUUUAAAAGCUGAAAUUACCAUGUACUCUAAGAGCUCUAUACAUUCUGUGGGUCCCAAAUAUGGGGUUGUGAGCCUUGGUUGUUUAUCAACCCUUAUACCACAAAAUCUAUAUAUCUAGCCCAUAAAGCUUUACACGAUCAGUCCCUUAUCUGCCCUUAAGCUUAGCCAAAUAAAGUUGUGCACAGUUUCAAUUGAAAAUUGGGACUUGAAUCCUUAUUACUGCAGAAAUUCCGGCCCAUGUUGGAACCCGGAUGUUGUAUUUAUUUGAGGUCUCCUUUUUUCUAUAAAUAUAUACAUACAUACACACACACAGCAACUUCCUCAAUUGUAUAGAUAAUCUAUAUUUUAUACACUUUCUGGCCUGGCCAAUGUCCUGUGCUGUAGAUGUUGUAUUGCCACCUAGUGGACAGUGCAGGUAGUGCAAUCUUUGUUGUAGCGUAUGGUGUUUACACCGUGGAAAGGGGGGGGGGGGUAGGGGAGUUCUGUGUCAGAAUUUAGGGAGCAAACUGGUGCCACAUUAGAUAAAUAACUUAUUUUUUUAAUCCAAUUACAGUACAGGUAUACACUUGUGUAAAACGAUUGUUAGGAGGACUGUGGGAGAGCACUGCAUUUUUAAUGUAUUUGCCAUAUGAAAUGGAUGUAAAGCUGUCUCCCUCUCUUCAUCCGAUCUCACGGACGGACAUGAUCUAUAGAUAUUGCCAAUUUAACCAGACCACCUUGAUUCAGUUUGCAUGUUUUUUUUUUCUUUCCCUGGUAACCUAGCUAUUACUUAUUAAAGUGACAUAGCCUUUUUUCAUCCCAUCAGUGUUACAUUGGGGGGAGGGGGAUCUGCACUGUCUAAUUCUUGUGGGAAUUAUACCCCCUCCCCUUUUUGUUUUGAACUGAAACAGAGGGGAAAAUACUGUUUAGAGGGGGAAUCCUCAGCGGCCAAAUAUUAUUUGCCCUAUUGUGGCUUUCAUAUAUAUAUAUUAUUAUUAUAAUUAUUAUUAUUUUUUUUUUUUUUAUAAAGUGGGAGGACUGUGUUGUAUAUCUGUUGUUCUAUAAUAAAGGAAUGGGUCUUUACAAAGUCCUGACUGUGACCUACUGAG